UAAUUACUCAUGAGAAGCGAUUCAUUUCUUUCGCUACUGAUAAACUUACAACAAGCCACCGAGUCUAUUUUAUCAGUCAUGAUGAGGUUUUUACAACAAUAUCAUCGAAAUGGGAAUAUCGUUCAACUGUUACGUUCUGAGUUCUUCCGACACUUUUACAAUUGACAUUUACAAGGAAGAAGACAUAAGAUAUACCAUGCUUGGUAACAAUAAAUAUAAUCUUACCGUUUUCAAGAUUGGAAAUAUCUUGAAUUUUAUCUGUAGUAGGAAUAAGGUUGAUGUUUCUGUCAUGCGCGGAGUGAAACUCUGGAAAGUUAAUGUCAAGAAAAGCGAGAUCAAAAAAAAUGUUCAUACCGAAGAAGACAUUAUCAAUAUUAAUGGGCGAGAAAUGGAACCUGAAGAACUGUUUGAAGAAUAUUUUCAAGAUGAAUUAAAUAAUAAUAAUCAAAAUUUUAAAGUGUCUAACAUUCACGUCAUCGCCAUUAUUCCCCCCACUGGUAACACUGGUGAUUUACGAAAGACUUUUCCUCAUGUCGAUGGUGUCGAUUUACCUUUUUUUCGUAAACUGGCUCAGAGUCUCGCCGUAAUUUGGGAUCGUUCACAUGACUUUUCAUUCGAAACUCCGAACAACCCAUACGUCAAGCUGAAACAGAGCCCUUCAAUUUUCAAAACACCCCUACCCUAUGGUGUUACUAAAAGGACGUGUGAUAGAAUCGAUCUUUGCCUCCCUCCUUUUGAAGUGAAUACUGAAAUGACCUAUAAGAAUCCCCUAUACCACGAACCGCAAUUUCUAGAGACCGUUAGAUUGGUGCGAAAUAAAAUUAAAAAGUAUGAACAAGAUAUUAUUGUGCUUGCCGGAGUCACAGGAGGGGGGAAAACGUCAACUACAUUUGCCAUUGCUGCAGAACUUUGGGCAGUACAUAUAGACUGUUCCAAUUUUCUUUCAGAAUAUAAUAAUCAAUUAUCUGAUCUACUCGGUGCAGUUAGAGCGAAAACUCCACCUUUCAAUGAUACCACACUCCAGGAGUGGGCACUUCGCCAGCUCGACAUAGAUUUCGUCUCACGUAUGUUAAUACUAGUCAAAAUGUAUGUAGAGCAAAAAAUCAAAACACCAAAGGAUUGGCUAUUGGCACAACUUUAUAGUUUAGAUAAGAAAAGUAUAAACCUUAUUUGCGAAAACCUGUCAGAACUGAGCACAAGAGAAUUGUCGAUACUUAUACAUUUCAUCAAUCAAUGUCUUAAAAUUGAACGGAUCCUCUUUAUCCAAGAUGAGGCGCAAUGUCUUUGCCGACCUGAAUACGGAGAAUACACUGGAAGUAAUGAAGCAAACAAACCAUGGAAUUUUUUGCAGGCCUAUACUUAUCACAUGAUCGCUUUCAAAUUUGAAGUUACACACAUUAUUUCUGGCACUAAUAUGCAUAUGUCAAGCGGAAUAUCCCUAGGUACUAGUGUUGGAAAAGAACCAUCUCGAGCAGUGCAUCUUGUGUUGAAACUCCCUUAUCUCUCACCUGAUGAUGUUACCAAAGUUCUCGACACUGUAAUCAAUAUGGAAGGGGUUAGUCCUGAAACUCUUCUUUAUUUAGGAAAUAUUCUCAAAGGACGACCCCGAAACUGUGCGUCGUUUUUAAAAAUGCUAGCCUACCGAUCAGAAUUGCUAAAAGAUAAAGAUGAUGAAAUGGUUAAAACUAGUAAGAAAUGGAUCGAGAAAAUAACUAUGUCAAUGAUAAGCUAUUUGCGCAAUACCGUCAGUACUUUGGCAAUCGGAGGGGUCGACCCAAGGAAGGCGAUUGUUGAUCUUGUUUGUUGCGGAAUUAUUAAUUCAACAUCGGCUGGUGCUGAAUUACUUCGACAUGGGAUUCUUCCUAUUCAGUCGCCACCUUUCAUUACCCUUAAUUCUGAAGAAAUUGACUUCACUUCGAUCAAAAUCAAUCUAGAAUUAGAGUCUUACUUUAUUACGGCCAUUGGAAAAUAUUUUAUGUUAGAUAACAAUGCAACUCUGACAGAUAUUUAUGUUAGUCACAUCUUAGAACGUCUUGGAAGCCCUCAGUCAUUUGGUAAUGAGCUUGAUGGUGCUUUUGCAUCAGCAAUUAUUGAAAAAUGCGGUCGUAACGUGCUUGAAGAACUUAAAAAGUGGACCGAUGAUCUUGAUCCACAUUUCAAGUUUCCAGAAUGGAUCACGCCUGGAAUGCAGUUUGUAACGGAAACAAAUCUAUCAAAAGCUGUUCCACUGGAUGUUUAUGUUAAAGACAUAUACCAAACAACCAAGUACCAUACUCAUGCUAUCCAACCGCCGCAAAAUGCAGGUUCUGAUCUUGUACUCUGUCUUGUAGAUAAAUCAAAUGAAUCAAAUAACGUGGUAUUGUUAUCGUUGAGUUCCGCUAUCUACGAUGAAAAUGUUACAUCAAGCAAGGUUAAAAAGCAAGCUUUCAAGGCGUGCCUGGGGUUCCAGUACAUGGAAGAAAAAAAAGAAGAAAAAAAAGAAAAGAAAAACAAGAAGAGGUCCAAUAAUGAAAAAAAAUCUAGACCCCAGAAUAAGAAAAUGAAGCUAAAUGAUCAAAACGAUGGAGAGGAGGGAUGUGUUGAAAUUGGCCUUACUAAAAAAUAUCAGAAACCUCAGAAAAGGGUUAUCGUUGUUGAUGAUAAUGAUGAUGAUGAUGAUUCAGAUCAGAAUGAUUUGAAUUACGAUUUAGAUUAUGAUAAAACUCUCAAGGGUUAUAAAGAAUCCAAAACCGCUAAUGUGACUUAUAACAGAAAAUGCAUUCACAUUUUAGUUGAGUUACCACACAGAGCUUUAUCAAAAAGGCCAAAUAUCUUUCGAUAUGACAAAAAAGGUAAUCUCAUAGUCAUUGUUGAUAACCGUAACGUAAAACAAGUUUUUGGAGAAAAGUUGGCGAAUGCAAUGACGGCGAGAAGUACAAAAUCUGAUUGAUACUGGUACGAUUGAUACAUAAUUUUUUGUGCGAGUCAAAUAAAGUUUCCACAUAAAGUUCUAUUUUACAGCUAGUAUGUGCAUAAAAAAUAAAAAUAUUACAUAUACCGAUUCUUGGUAGUUUUCAGUGAUGAUGCUGUAUGUAUGUAAAAAGAAAAAAUAUGAAAGUAGGGAAAUCAUCGUAAUGGGGGACCAAUUUAGAUUGGAAACAACAAAAUCAAAUAAUUUUUCUUAAUAUAUUAUGCUACAAUGAAAGAAAUUAUAUACAAGUAAUAUAAGUAAUACGCACUUUAAUUUUUUUAUUUGUCAAAUAAAAUAAAUACACGUGAUACAUGAUUAUUUUAUGCUA